AUAUUAAGCAAUAAAAAAAAAAGGUUAUCAAGUUGUAAUGAUGGGCAUGCAACAGACUAUAACACUCUUGAGAAUUGUUAUGCAUUACCACUGGAGAGUAAUAUCACCUUUGUUAGAAAAGCCUAUGUCAUCGACCUAGAUCUAUGUUGUUUACAAAAUUAUUGAAGGUGAUGUGCUCAGUUCAUUAAAAAAAGCAUGAGGGCUGUUAAUGUCUAGUAUUAACGUGAAAAUAGUUUAGACAGUGGUCUAGAGUUCUGAUGCGUCUUUCUUUUGCAAGAACUGAAGCACACUUGAACAGGAAGCCCAUACCAUUUUAGUAUGUGGUUAGCCAAGCGUCGCAGUUUGCAAAUCAUCGCAAACAGGAAGUGUAUAUCACUCUGUAUGGCCCCCAGUUGAAAAACAGCUUUGGUUACCUUUUAGCUGUAAGAUUGGUCUAGCCGUGGGGAAGGGAAAAACGCCAUUUAAAUUCUAAAUGGCCCAGGGAAAGGAUCAUUCCUUCCUAAAGCUGGACGACCUUGCCAGCCGAUUCUUCAACCGGUAUCGCAAAGUCAACCAAGAGCAAAAAGCCCAGGAGAGCGAGGGGCCUCAUGUCUCAGAGUUCACCAUCAUUUGGGAUAAAUUGAAGACUUUUGUGAAAGAGUUCUUAGCCAAAGCCAAAGAAGAUUUUUUACGAAAAUGGGAGUGCCCACCACAGAGCACAACUGGCCUGGAUGACUUUGACAGGCUGAAGACUCUAGGCACGGGCUCGUUCGGUAGAGUUAUGUUGGUGAAACAUAAAGGAACAGAACAGUUCUACGCCAUGAAGAUCCUGGACAAACAGAAAGUGGUGAAGCUGAAACAGAUAGAACACACUCUAAACGAAAAGAAAAUACUGCAGGCGGUGUCCUUCCCCUUUCUCGUCAGACUAGAGUAUUCCUUCAAGGACAACUCCAACCUCUACAUGGUGAUGGAGUAUGUUCCAGGAGGAGAAAUGUUCUCGCAUCUGAGACGCAUCGGGAGGUUCAGUGAACAUCACGCACGAUUUUAUGCAGCUCAGAUAGUACUCACUUUUGAGUACCUCCACUCGCUAGACCUCAUCUACAGAGACCUGAAGCCUGAAAACCUUCUCAUUGAUCACCAAGGGUACAUCCAGGUCACAGACUUUGGCUUUGCCAAAAGAGUAAAAGGCAGGACCUGGACAUUGUGUGGAACUCCAGAGUACCUGGCUCCAGAGAUCAUCCUCAGCAAGGGUUACAACAAAGCUGUGGACUGGUGGGCACUGGGAGUCCUGAUCUACGAGAUGGCCGCCGGGUACCCUCCGUUCUUCGCUGAUCAACCAAUCCAGAUCUACGAGAAGAUCGUGUCCGGCAAGGUACGAUUCACCUCCCACUUCAGCUCAGACUUGAAAGACCUGCUGAGGAACCUGCUCCAGGUGGACCUGACGAAGCGCUACGGCAACCUGAAGAACGGGGUGAAUGACAUCAAGAACCACAAGUGGUUCGCCACAACGGACUGGAUCGCCAUCUACGAGAGGAAGGUGGAAGCUCCCUUCAUACCAAAGUGCAGAGGACCAGGAGACACAAGCAACUUUGACGACUACGAAGAGGAGGACGUCCGUGUGUCCGACACAGAAAAGUGUGCGAAGGAGUUUUCCGAAUUCUAGCGAGGGGCGGCAGGUGUUCCAUCAGGGCUCACAUGCAUUGGGAUUUUUGCACUCUUUUGAGGGUGAAGGUGGAGCUGAGACAUGACGUGUUCAAAACAAUUGCCUAGUAACUUCAUUCCACAAGGCUGAAUGAGGUCCUUCUUGCCAUGAUCCUCCUCGCGUGCAGUUAGCACUAAACAUAUAUACAGGCACAUUAUGCAGACACCCUUCGUGCUGCAACACAAAAAUACUAGGUAGACCACGUUUUUGUCUUUUUGUUUCCUAUUCUGUUUUUAAAACAUUUGUUGCUUUAAAGAAUCCUCUCCCCCCUCCUUCCCUCCAUUUUAAACCAAGUGAUUAUUUGCAAAGCAAGACAAAAAACAAUUAAAUGCCCGUUUUACAGUGGCACAAAGAGUGAUUGAUUAUACUAGUGGUAUGACAAAUGUUUGUGAUUUUUAAAUUGGAAAAAUAAGUUGUUGUUUUUUGCUCCUAGUUCUUGCCAGCGACUCUUGCCAGUUCUUGUGUGUUAGGCCUACAUGCUGGAGUGUGUUUUUAGGUUUGAUUAAACUUUCUUGGCCCAGUC